GCGUUGGCAUUUUACUCUUAAUAAGCAACAUGAUGGAUGUAGCGCGUCGGACCUUCUUCUGACCGGUGCUUCACCCUGCGUGUAAAUUCUCACAAGAGGUGCUCUAGGAAAACUUCAGCACGAUGUCUUUUGCAAACAAAGACUAAUAUUUAAGCCUGAUCAAGUUCUCCAGUUUGGCUCAUCGCAAUGGAGAGGGAGCAGGCUGAUCGAUCCGGGAGAAUCCAGACUUCCGAUACCGAGACCGACACCGAGACCGACACCGACACUGUGUCCGAGCCGGAUCUGUGCUGCGAUUCGGAAGAAGCCGAAUCUGAACCGGAGCAUUUGGAGACACGCUGCUGUGGAGCUUUACUGAUAUUACACACCGAGCAAAAAGGGAAGCAGGGCGGCGAGCAGGAAUCCGAAAACGACAGCAAAGACGACAAAAUGAGGAAUAAAGAUGAACACGAGGAAGAAGAAGAAGAAGACGAAAUGCUGGAUAACAUCCUGUCUCCACCCCCACUGCCUUUCUGUAAGACCAGUAACCCUGAGGUGUGCUCCAGCUCCAGCUUCGGCCUGGCGCACAAAUUCACCCGUCAGCUGAGCGAAGAUGGCAAACAGCUCCGUCGAGGGAGUCUGGGCGGAGCGCUAACGGGGAAGUACCUGUUGCCUUACAUGUCGGCUCAGCAGGCGUGGCCCGCCUCGGGGACGGAGAGCUCCAACCUGAUGCGUAUGCGCUCCCAAAGCCUCGGGAAGUCGGCUCCAUCCCUCACUGCCAGCCUGAAGGAGCUCAGUUUGCCCAGGAGAGGGAGCUUCUGUAGGACGGGGAACAGGAAGAGUCUUAUAGGAAGUGGACAGUCAUCAGGCCUUCCUCGGCCCCACUCGCCCUUCUCCUCACACACAGGCACCAGUCCUCAGGACAGCCCUAGAAACUUCUCCCCCAGUGCCUCCGCCCACUUCUCCUUCGCUCGCAGCCCUGGCUGCAGAGUAGACAGGACCGACGGCCGACGCUGGUCCCUGGCAUCCCUCCCGUCGUCCGGAUAUGGAACCAACACCCCGAGUUCCACUAUUUCCUCGUCCUGUUCAUCACAGGAGAAGCUCCAUCAACUGCCCUUCCAGCCCACUGCCGACGAGCUGCACUUCCUGUCCAAGCACUUCUGCACCGAGAGCAUUGCUGGCGAUGACCACCGCAGGGCCACGCCCAUGCGCCCACGCUCACGUAGCCUCAGCCCCGGAAGAUCUCCAUCUUGCUGUGAUCACGAGAUUAUUAUGAUGAAUCAUGUGUACAAAGAACGCUUUCCUAAGGCCACGGCGCAGAUGGAGGAGCGCAUUCAGGAGAUCAUCAGCAGCAGCUCUCCGGAGAACGUGCUGCCUCUGGCGGACGGAGUGCUCAGCUUCGCCCAUCACCAGAUCAUCGAACUGGCACGCGACUGCCUGGAGAAAUCUCGCCUCGGCCUCAUCACCUCGCGCUACUUCUGUGAGCUCACUGACAAACUCGAACGACUUUUCCAGGAGUCCACCGAGAGAUCGGAGAGUGCUGAGGUGACUUUCAUUAAGGAACUGGUGAAGAAGAUCCUCAUCGUCAUCGCCAGACCGGCGCGCCUUCUGGAGUGUCUCGAGUUUGACCCAGAGGAGUUCUAUCACCUGCUGGAGGCGGCAGAGGGUCACGCUAAAGAGGGGCAAGGCAUCAAGACCGACAUUCCACGCUACAUUAUAAGCCAACUGGGUCUGACACGAGACCCUUUGGAAGAAAUAGCCCAGUUAACCAGCUACGAUAGUGGGAUUGCAGAAACCCCUGACACUGACGAUUCUGUGAGUUCCCAGAGUCUGAGUGCACCACUGCAGCCGCGCCGUAAACCCUGCGAGAUAGACUUCGAAAUGAUCAAACUCAUCAGUAACGGAGCUUACGGCGCUGUCUAUCUGGUGCGACACAAAGAGACCAAUCAGCGCUUCGCAAUGAAGAAGAUCAACAAGCAGAACCUGAUGCUGAGGAACCAGAUCCAGCAGGCGUUCGUAGAGAGGGACAUCCUGACCUUCGCCGAGAACCCGUUUGUGGUCAGCAUGUACUGUUCCUUUGAGACCCGCAGACACCUGUGCAUGGUCAUGGAGUAUGUGGAAGGUGGGGACUGUGCCACUUUGCUGAAGAACAUGGGUCCUCUGCCAGUGGACAUGGCCAGAAUGUACUUUGCUGAGACUGUCCUUGCGUUGGAAUACCUCCAUAACUAUGGCAUCGUCCACCGAGACCUGAAACCAGACAAUUUGCUGGUCACCUCAAUGGGACACAUUAAGCUGACCGACUUCGGCUUGUCGAAGGUGGGCCUGAUGAACAUGACCACUAACCUGUAUGAGGGCCACAUAGAGAAGGACGCCAGAGAGUUCUCGGAUAAACAGGUGUGUGGAACCCCUGAGUACAUCGCUCCAGAGGUAAUCCUGAGGCAGGGAUACGGGAAGCCCGUGGAUUGGUGGGCCAUGGGGAUCAUUCUCUACGAGUUCCUGGUGGGAUGUGUGCCGUUUUUCGGAGACACUCCAGAAGAGCUGUUUGGUCAGGUUAUCAGUGAUGAGAUCAACUGGCCUGAAGGAGAGGACGCACCUCCAGCUGAUGCUCAGCAACUCAUCACACUGCUGCUCAGGCAGAACCCACUGGAACGCCUGGGAACUGCAGGAGGAGCCUAUGAGGUCAAGCACCACCAGUUCUUCCACAGUCUGGACUGGAACAGUCUGCUGAGACAGAAGGCUGAAUUUAUCCCUCAGCUUGAAUCCGAGGAUGACACCAGCUACUUUGACACCCGAUCUGAACGGUACCAUCACCUGGAAACUGAGGAAGAAGACACAAACGAUGAAGACUUCAAUGUGGAACUGCGGCAGUUUUCCUCGUCCUCACACCGAUUCUCUAAAGUAUACAGUAGUCUGGAUCUGUCCCGUGGUCAGCUGGAGGAAAAAGGAGAGCAACCGGAGAAGAAGGGCGAGAGUCCCCUCACUGUGGACUCGCUCAGCUGGACUCCAGACUUCACUGAGAUACCGUCGCUGUCUCACUCGUCUGACAUAGAGAGCACCAGCACAAGCCGACACUCAGGACUCCUGCCAAAGUUUGCCAUUUCAGCAGAGGUGGAUAGUUGUGAGAGUUCGCUGUCCCUAGACAAGGCCGGUAAAGUGGCCUUCACUGUAGGAGAGCUUCCUCAGGACGAGCCCGAAGCCACCACACCGUCCAGUCCAGUCAGCAACGCCACCCUGUCAGGGAGUUUCUCUGAGCACUUGGACCAGCUGAUAACACGGCCAGAGGGAGUGGACAGUCCAGACCCUGGCAGCAAGCCGUCCAUUGAUACAAUCAGCCAUCUGACCUCCCCAAGAGCAGAGAGCAGUAUACCGAAAUCAUCAUCCACUAGUGCUCUGUCUCUCAUGAUUCCUGCAGAUGUUUUCGGCACAUCCCCACUGGCCAGUCCCAUGUCUCCUCACUCGCUGUCAUCGAACCCCUCCUCCAGAGACUCCUCCCCCAGCCGAGACUCCUCUCUCUCUGCCGCCACCUCACGCCAGCCAAUCAUCAUUCACAGUUCAGGGAAGAAGUUCGGCUUCACGUUGCGAGCUAUUAGAGUCUACGCUUGCGACAGUGAUGUCUAUACCGUCUAUCACAUGGUCUGGAAUGUGGAAGACAACGGACCUGCUCAAAAGGCCGGACUUAAAGCUGGAGACUUGAUCACUCAUGUCAAUGGGGAAACAGUUCAUGGGCUGGUCCACACUGAAGUGGUGGAACUGUUGCUUAAGAGUGGAAGCAAGGUUGCCAUAUCCACGACUCCUUUUGAGAAUACUUCAAUCAAAACGGGUCCAGCUAGAAGGAAUAGUUACCGAAGCAAAAUGAUAAGGAGAACCAAGAAGCCCAAGAAAGAGAAAACGCAAGAAAGACGACGGUCGGUAUUCAGGCGCUUCGCCAUGCAGCCCUCUCCACUCCUCCACACCAGCCGCAGCUUUACCUCCUUAAACCGAUCACUGUCCUCAGGGGAGAGUCUGCCAGGAUCUCCCACACACAGCCUGUCUCCUCACUCCCCCACUACCUCCUUCCGGCCCACACCAGACUUUAAUCAAUCAGGUGGCACAUCUUCUCAGAGCAGUUCUCCAAGCUCUAGUGCACCAAACUCCCCAGCCGGCUCUGGCCAUGUCCGUCCUAACACUUUGCACGGUUUGGGCCCCAAGUUGCCGGGGCAGCGACUUCGUCAGAGUCGCCGGAAAUCAGCAGGGAGCAUCCCACUCUCUCCGCUGGCUCGGACACCUUCCCCAACUCCUCAGCCCACCUCCCCUCAGCGAUCUCCUUCCCCCUUGCUCACUCACUCAGUGGGAAGCUCUAAAACUACUCAGACCUUUUCAGCCAAGAUGCACUCGCCCCCUACAAUUGUCAGGCACAUGGUGCGACCUAAAAGUGCCGAACCUCCUCGGUCUCCACUCCUUAAGAGGGUCCAAUCAGAGGAAAAGCUCUCCCCAUCCUACACGGGUGACAAAAAGCACCUCUGUUCUCGGAAACACAGCCUGGAGGUGACCCAGGAGGAAGUUCAGGCUGGAGUUGCAUCUGGAGGUGAGCACACACUUCAGUGUGUGGAAGAGAGCUCUUGUGAACUUCCCGCCAUCACCCGAGUAAGACCUGCCGAGCAGGGCUGCCUGAAACGGCCUGCGACUCGUAAGGUUGGUCGUCAGGAAAUGGUGGAGGAUCUUGAUAAGGAGAAAUUGAAGGCCAAAGUUGUAGCAAAAAGACAGGACUGGCAUGAGAGACGAGAAUCUCUCCAAAAGCAAGAUGCUAUUCAAGAGGCUGAAUCUACACAAAGCACUGCUGGGUGUUGCUCUGUUGAUAACAAAGCUGCCAAUGCCACAGUAAAAGAUGUUCUUUAUAAAAAACUAAACACAAGAGCAUGUGAAAGUAUUGCAGACUCCAUGAACAGCUCUGGGGAAUCUGCCUCAGUCUUAAAUGAGGGUAUUAGAUCAGCCCCAACCCAAUCAGACCGACAGCUGGCCUGGCAGAUUAAAGAGGGCAGUAAACCAGACAGGCUUGAUUUCAAAGCUCCCAAUAUGGAAUUUGCUCGAAAAAGGCAGUCCUUUGAGGAGCGUGAGGACUGUAUGUGUCGAAUCACCCCUGUUGUUCACGAAAGCCUUCAUUUUAAUACCACUAGGUCCAAAAGUCUCCAGCUGGAUUCUGCUGGAAUUACCACUUCUGGAAUCAGCACAGAUUCCUUGAGUCCGAAGCUAUUCACUGGGCGAGGGGAGAGUGCCGUGGAGAAGCUUCAGAUUAUCUCGUCCACUGAGGGCUCCAUCAGAAAGACUUCAUCUGAGUACAAAUUAGAGGCACGACUUGUGUCUUCCUUGAAACCACUGAAGGGCACACUGGACAUAGGACUGCUCUCUGGACCUAGGAUCUCCAAAACUGAUACAUGUCUCUCAAAAAUAGCCAACAGCCAAGCUGAUAGUGGUGGUCUGACUGGAGCCUUGCCAAACCAGAGUGAAAAGCAACCCCAGAUUCCACCAAAUAAACAGAUACAGACUGCCACAGAGGUGGAAAGUCUUGGUACUUUGAGCAGCAAAAAUGCAGGAAAAGAUGAACCCACAUGUAAUAGAGACAGUGUUAUUGGUCUGGUUAGCCAUGAAGGCACUCAUGACAAAAAUAAGCAGGGUGAAGGAAUCAAGUUACAGGCCAUUUGCAGUAAAAUGGAGCGAAAAGAUUUGUCAACAGGUGGAAAAACAGAGACUAAGUUGAAAACAGUUCAGGAGAUGAGGCCUGCUCGACACAGUACUCAUUUUGCUUGUGGAAAAACACCCUCAAUAAGGGAGGUCAGCAACGAAGACCAAGAUGAUGAGAUGGAAAAUUCAGAGGAAAAGCCUACCGUGCAAAACAACACUGUAGAAACAAAGAAGCCAGUGACCCAUGACCAGAUCAUCAAGCAAAACCCAUCAGUACCCUCAGGCCUCUGUAGUGUUGAUAAAGAUAAACAUGUGAGUGAGAUCCUUGUCAGUCCACAGAACCUGGAGCAGUCUGUUGUAAAUAACAGCCAAAUAACCAUGGAGAAAGAUACGGCACUGAAUACUCUGGGAUUAACUGUGGUUCCAAAGGAGGUCCAUCAAUCUAAAACUGUCAGAGAUGAUGCAACAGGAGCUCUGAGCUCAACAACAGUGCAGACUUUGCCUCCAAAACCAGACAGAACAGUUAGCAUGCAAAAGUUAGGCUCGGAUUUAAAAGGUGGGAUUGGGGCAAGUGAUGAAAGGAAACCACAAAGCACAGCUCAAAACUUACAGAAGAUUUCAGAGAUACAUGAACAGCCCACAGCAAGUAGCACACCAGUGUUAAAUGUGAAGUCGGAACAAGUUCACUCACAGGGUAUAGUAAAAGAAAAAUUUCCUCAGAGUUCAACUUUAACCACAUCUCCUCUUUCAGCAACAGCUUCACCAGCACCAGAUAUUAAGUUGCCUCCAGAUCCACCUCUUCAAAACAGACAGGAUAAAAACAAUGCAUCUCCCAAAGGUACUCCUUUUAAGAGCACUUCUGCUGUGGAUCCCCAGUCCCCAAAACAUGUACACAAAAGCCCACAGUCAUUUGUUGAAGCCAAAUCAGACGGCACUGCAAAUAAACUGUCUCAGCAAAUAACGUCGAAAACACUAACCAGUGCUGUCUCAGGAAACAGACAGAAAAGUUCAGAUUCUAUCUCCAAAACAGAUGACAGUGUCAAAACACAAAACGUUGGGGUGGAACAUGGAAAAAGGUACAGUUCUCAGUGUCAGGUGCCAUAUGGAGUCAAAACACAAAUCAAGGACAAGGAUCAGAAGACUUGGAUGGUUCCAGAAGGGUCAAGUGAUGAGUCCAAAACUACAUCGUCUAAAGAUAAAAUGUCAGUUUUGAAAGAAGAUGUAAAAUGCACUUUGCCAAACGAGACCCGCAGUACUGCAGAGGUCAAAAAUGACCUGGGUGUCUUAGCUACUCCUCAGAUGCUCCCCAGCAACAAGUCAAAUCAGGAUUCCGGUGGCAAAAGCAGUGAAAAAACUAGCAAUACUGUGCAAGCUCAGUCAGCAAACUUGCUUGAAGAAAAGCUGAAAGUCAAGAAUACUACAGAUGUAUCCAGUCAGAAGAUCACUAAGCCGGUGAUUGAUGUUUGCAAGAAGGAGGUUGUUCCUGCAACAAAAAAACAACCACAACCGUCAGGUACUAGUUCCACUGGAAAGCAAAACCCGUCGAGCUCCAAGAACAAAGCCAAGUUAGAACCCUCUCCUGUUACAAAAGCCACCGAGGAAAGAGGACCGCAAGAAAGCAAAGCACCAGUUCAGACCGUCAAAAACAACUCUGACCUAAAACCAAAGGAGCAAAGAGCGUCCACGCUUCCUACAGUGAAAACUCAACCCCAGAGAGAGAACUUGCCUCAGACAGGCCCUCAAGUUGGUCCUGUACCUGUACCUACUGUUAAGGUUCACGCACCAAGCGGCUCUCCUACAGGCAAGGGUACUGGGGCCACAGCGGAGACCUCAAAGUCAUCCGACUCCACACAGAAAGUAAACCGUAAAGACUCUCAGAAAUCCACCGCAUUGGCGAAGGAUGGUGCGGCACCAGAAAAAGAUUCACCUCGCACCAAGCAGUCCAAAGAGCUGCCCAGAGGUUUGAAUAAUAAAAUGUGACACUGGGGAUAUCGAUGGUUGCCAAAUCACUUUUUCUAAGAAAGACUGCAAGGCAAUCGUUUUUGUUUUUGUUUUAUUUUUUCCAUGUAUUGUAUAAUAGCACCUUCCGUUCUGAGGACCGAUGAAGCUGUUACUUCAGUGUUUGGUGAAGGGCAAGAAGCAAUGAGUGCUAGUGUGUGUGCUAGUCUGUUGUAUGUUUCUGAAAAAUUCUAGGGUUGAAUGUACCUGAUUUGCUGCUGAUUUGUCAUUUCGUAGUUUCGUGCAUCAUGAAAAAAAAAAAAGAGGUCAUGAGGUGUAUAGAAAUGAUGUGUGCAAUCCAUCUGACAUUGAGGGAUUUGAUGACUUGGAGUCGUUAAUGAACUGUGCCAAUUUAGACUGUACCAAACAAGAACUCUAUGCUGGGUUUAGGAGUCGUCAGAAUCAGAUACGUAAAAUCUAUCAAGCAUGACUCGAUCCAUAUGAAGGUUGAAGCGAAUCGCGGUGGUUUUGUUCACACUUCAAAAGCCACAGAUGAAGUAUUUGUAGCAAUGGUGCUGAUCGCUCAGCACACACUCUUCAUGUAGAUAAAAAGAUACCACCGACAUCGUUUUUUUUUUUUUUCCAUCUCAUUGGUGUUGAUCUCGUUCUCGUUUGCUUUGACCUACUUAAAGGCAAAGUUUGUUUUGGGCCGAGGGAAUGCACGCUUAUCCCGUGCUUCUCACCUAGAACUAUUUUAUAAUGGAAUCAUCUUAGGGUUCUGGUUUCAUAUCUAGUGGAAGGGACCUUAGAGUAUUUUUGGGCUGUCCAGCUUGCUGUUCUUAGCAGGUUGUGUCAAAAUUCACAUUCCUUUCACAUGCAUUUACUAAAUACUCAUUUUUAUGCAAUGUACUGUACAUAAAGCAAUGUCAGUUGUACAAAAACGCUGAUCCGUCGGAUCAGGAUUCUUCUGAAUAUGAGUGUUGUGUGUUUUAUAUGUAUAUAUUUUGCUAUGUCAUCUAUGUUUGUAUACUGUAAGGUUUGUUGCUCAGCGGAAUUUUCACGAUGCCAUCCGAAAUAAGCUAGACGAAAAAAAUCGAAAACAAGGCAAGAUCUCGGCCUCUGAUGUGAUCUAUACUUGAAGUUACACAGGCACUAAAAGCAGUAAUCGCACUCAUACGCAGAUAUGUUUCAGGCAAAAACGCCUCAGAUGUCCUCUGACCGUUGCCGAUGAACUAAAAGAUCGAACAGAGGAAUGUUAAAUAGUGCAAACGCUCUAUUUUUUAUUUUAAAAAAAUAAUGAAGUGAAUGUUAAAAAGUUUGCAACCCUGUGUAUUAUAAUUGUGAUCCCCCCCCCCCUUCGCUUUUUUCAGCACAUUUUUCACUUAAGGAUUUUAGGGCUAAUUUUUUGUUGUUGUUGUUUUUCACGUGAUCUGGUUCAUUAAUGUAAACCAAAUCUCGUAGGUAGCCACGUUUAUGAUCAGUCAGGGUGGAUUUUCACAUCGCAGUCAUAGUGUUCCUGUGUCCUGUCUUGUUUACUGGCCAUCGGUUGCUCAGUCAGUCGAAUACGAUGUAUAAUCCGUAUAAAAGUGGGACGUGUGAUAAUAAUCUAGUGUCUUUGCACUGUCCGUUAGCUGUACCUUUAAAUCCAUGACUGAAAUAUACUGUCGAAAUUCAUUCGUUUUAAAACGUGAACGUAACGUGUGUAUCGUCUCUGAGUCGCCAAGUCAUUUUUGUAACACUUUCACAUACACGGUAACGACGCGUAACGUUAGAUAAGAUGCUAUUUGCUUUUUUUCUGUGUGUGUGUGUGUGUGUGUGUGUGUGUGAUACGUGCUCUGAAAUGACUACAGUAAUCAGUCCUUUAUGUCAUAUAAACUUAACUGACAGGAUAUUUUUUAGUGACUUAAUCUAUUAUAUUCAAGUAAUAUUCUAGUUACCUUUAGAUUCAAGAAGAGUAUACGAUGCUUAGGAGCGCUGAAUGUAAGUCACACGAGUCAGAAAAUGUUAACGAUAAAGCGAUUAAUGAGACGAAUGAGAUUUUAAACGGUAUUAGGAAUGGAAAACGUCCUCGUGAAGCUUUGCAAAUGCAGUGUUUGUAGCCUGAGGAGUUAAAACGCACCUUUUUUCGUUAACAAUACUUCGCAUUCAGAUGAAAAAAAAAUAA